UUUGUUUCGUUAAGUUAUCUCAAUGUAUAUAAGCCUUGUGUAACUUUUGUGGAAUUAAGAGCAAAAAAUGUGCAGACGUCUAGUAGUAGCGUUCAGCGUCUUAGCAUUGGCAUUGCUGGCUCGCGAGAGUCACGCAAGGGCCUGCAAUAGGCGGAGCACCGUCAUUCAGACCAAGAUCCCCAAUAAGACCAAGGUCACCAUGAACUGCCCCAACAAGGUCCAGCCGCCCUUCUUCCCCUUCCCGUAUGCUAUAGCUAGCAUUUCACCAGUUUACUACUCCUGCCAAAAUCGCGCCUGUCAGAAAAACGGCAGACCAACUUCAACGUCAAAAUAUAAUCCCCAACCUUCACCAGCAUUGAGAACGAACACCAUAAUAAUUGUCUCCGAUUCGGAUAGCACAUCAAAAUCUACCGCACCAGAGAAACCAGCUCCCGCUCCAGAACCCGCUCUAGAACUAGCACCAGAACCAGCACCAGAACCAGCACCGGAACAACCAGAACCCGCUUCAGAACUUGUUCCAGAACCAGCUCCAAAACCAGAACCGGAACAGCCAGAACCCGCUCCAGAACUUGCUCCAGAACCAGCUCCAGAACCAGAACCGGAACAACCAGAACCCGCUCCAGAAGUUGCUCCAGAACCAGCUCCAGAACCAGAACCGGAUCAACCAGAACCCGCUCCAGAACCAGAACCGGAACAACCAGAACCCGCUCAAGAACCCGUUCCAGAACCAGAACCGGAACAACCAGAACCCGCUCCAGCAGAACCCGCUCCAGAACCAGCCCCAGAACCAGAACCCGCUCCAGAAUACCAACUCCAGUACCGGUACCGCAGAAACUAUAGUUUGUGCAUUCUAAGAUGAUAUGGAUGACAGUUUUCAUGUUCC